CCCCCUCCCUCGUGUUCUUCUUCGAUAGACAGAAGAAAGGAAAGGAGGAGAACAGCAGUUUGGUUCGGUGGAGGAAGGCGGUGACGACGGGAACAAGAUGGCGUCGUUGGUGUCUCGUCAGGGCAGGCAGUUGCAGCGCUACAGCAAGACCGGCAGCCGCCUCGUCGUCGGGUACGCGUGCUGUACGUCGUCGAAACGCAUCGAGCAGGUGGAGUGAGUGGGGUUUGUCUGAUGGAGAAAUGGGUUCGUCUCUCACGCCGUACAAGUUCAACACGGGCGGCGGCGGCGACGAUCUCCAUGGGUCGAUGGAGGUUCUCGUCAUCAGUUCUCCCAAAGGAAACGGGUUGCUGUUCCCAAAGGGUGGUUGGGAGGCUGAUGAGACCAUAAAACAAGCAGCCCUGAGGGAAGCAUUGGAGGAAGCAGGAGUUCAAGGCAAUGUUGAGCGUAAACUUGGGAGAUGGAGGUACAAGAACAGAACAUACGACGCAGACUACGAGGGUAUCAUGUUCCCCAUGAAUGUGACGGAGGAACUCGGAUACUGGCCCGAGAUGCACCUGCGAGAACGCAAAUGGGUAACUGUUGCUGAAGCCAAAGAGGGAUGCCGGCAUCCGUGGAUGAGGGAAGCGUUGGAGAGAUUGGUGAGACGGGUGUCGAGUUCAAGCAGGAACGACACCUUCAGCACCUAAGAGAUUUUUCUUGCGUUGCGCUUGGCAGAUAGAUAGCUGUGGAUGAAUUCUCAUUCUUCGAACUCAUUUGGGUUAAAAAUUUCAUAU